CAAUGCAGCAGCAGACUCGAACUGUAUUUUUGGACGUGAAGCCCAUCGAUGAGAUGGCUCAAUCCAGAAGAUCCAACGAAUUCCAAAACCGCAUUGGAUUCCCUUCGAGUUUACCGAGAGAGGCUUUUGGGGUGGAAAGUGACCGAAAUAUAGGAAGUGAUGUCAUUUAUGAUACUUCUAAGCCGAUAUACUUCACUCUUCGCAUGUUGGGUUUGUUUCCUUUCUCAAGAUCCUCUAACGGAUUUUUCGGUUUCGUUCUUGCGAGCUCCUCAAUGGUGUACUGUAUGCUAUAUUUCGUAUUGCUAACGACUUACGUCGCUUACAUUAUGAUCGAACGGAUCAACAUUGUUCGCACACUGGAAGGCCGCUUCGAAGAAGCGGUCAUCGCUUAUCUUUUCAUCGUAAAUAUAUCACCGAUCAUAAUUAUACCACUGAUGUGGUACGAAACUAGGAAGGUCGUGAUAAUCCUGAACAACUGGACCGACUUCCAGGUUCUGUAUCGUAAAACUGCCGGCCGGGAGCUGAAUCUCAUGCUUAAAACGAAAACAUUACUGGUUACUAUCUUGCUACCAAUUAUGUCCUGCGUCUCGGUAGCGAUCACUCACAUCACAAUGGCGGAUUUUCAGCUGCUUCAGGUCAUCCCGUACUGCAUACUGGAUACCAUCAUUUAUAUGAUGGGAGGCUAUUGGUAUAUGGCCUGUGAAACUAUCAGCACCACUGCAAACGAACUCGCGGUGGAUUUCCAACGGGCUCUAAGACACGUUGGACCAGCUGCGAUGGUGUCGGAGUAUCGUGCUCUGUGGCUCCGUCUCAGCAAACUGUCACGUGGUACCGGCUUCGCCACGUGCUACACUUUUACCUUUAUCUGCUUGUAUUUAUUCUUCAUUAUCACCCUCUCGAUCUAUGGUCUGAUGUCUCAAAUCUCCAAUGGUUUCGGGAUCAAGGAUAUAGGACUAGCGGUAACAGCUUUCUGCAGUACCGGGUUGCUGUUUUUUAUCUGCGAUGAGGCACACCAUGCAUCGUUCAACGUGAGGACCAAUUUCCAGAAGAAGUUACUGAUGGUCGAGCUGAGCUGGAUGAAUUCGGACGCCCAAACGGAGAUCAAUAUGUUCCUGCACGCGACGGAAAUGAAUCCUUCCAGUAUCAACCUGGGAGGCUUUUUCGACGUGAACAGAACGUUGUUCAAAUCGCUCUUGGCAACAAUGGUUACGUAUCUGGUCGUGUUGCUGCAGUUCCAGAUCAGCAUCCCGGACGAUUCAAGCGUGCUGCUGGCGAGAAAUUCUACAGUUUGAAUAUAAUGCUUGUUGCAGUUUUGGAAACAUGGUAUAUCUUAGAUUAGUUGGCUUAUAAACAAUACGAGGUCUGUUCAAAAAGUAUCGCGGCUUCCGAAUUUACGCGGGUUAUGUAUUUCCGAUUCUAGAUUUUUUCGUGGCAUUAUGUUGGUACUUAUUACUCUCACUGAUGCUGAUAAGUACGGCUAUUUUGAAUGUUCAGUUAAUUUUUGACAAAUGCUUUUUUUACACGUGUUUUGGUUCAUCUUCGAUUUUUGCAAAAAUGGAUCAAAGAAUCUGUAUCAAAUUUUGUGUGAAAAACAAAAUUAAAUGCGCGAACACAUUCCGAAUGUUGAUUGUGACAUCUGGGGAAUCUACCUUAGAGCGAAACAAACGUUUAUCGGAGUUCAAAAAAAAUGUUCUCGGAGGGUCGAAAAGUUGUAAACGACGCAAAGCGUGCCAGAAGCCCGAGCACGUCAACAACUGAAAUCGAAUAUGAGUAAUCCGUGGGUAUAUAAAAAUCAUGAUACUUUUAGAACAGGUCUUGUAAAUAGAGUGGUCCAUUCUAUUCCAUUCCAUUAAGCAUCUCCAUAGCCAUAGCCGAUUUUUCUUCAGCACUACGAAGGGAUUUCUCUAGAGAUAGGCAAUAGACAAUAAUCGAAGAUGAACCAAAACACGUGUAAGAAAAUCAGUUGUUAACUGAACAUUCAAAAUAGCCGAACUUGUCAGCGUAAGUGAGAGACAUGAGUACCAACAUAAAGCCACAAAAAAUCUAGAAUCUAACAUACGUAACCCGCGUAAAUUCGAGAGUCGCUAUACUUUUUCAACAUACCUCGUUCGUUACAGUCGAAAAAAUACAUUUAGAAAAAAAAAUAUUUAUGAGUUAGCAUUCACAGGGCAUUGGACAAAA